CUCGGAUUUCGUGGUACCCAAAUGAUCCCCGGAUCGUGUUAAAAGUCCAACUGCUACCUUUGGCCCGUUUUAUCUUCUGCGCAAAACCGCCACUUCUUCCCCCACCUCUUCGUCUUCUUGCUUGCUCCAGAGAGUACUGCUAGCCGCCGUUUUCGUUCCUUCCACUUUGAGCAGAUUCCUAAAGCUAUAGCAAAUGGCGGGAAAAGACAAGACAGACUCUCAAUCUCAAUCUCAAUCUCAAGCACACUUCCUGACGGAAGAUAUUCUGAUUAACAUUCUCCUCAGACUGCCAAUCGCUUCAUGCAUCUUCCAAUUCCGCUGCGUCUGCAGAUCCUGGCGGAUUCUCCUCUCCGAUCCCCAAUUCAUCCGCAAAAUCCUCUUCUUCCGAAACCUCGCCGACCAACGAUCCCUCCAAAUACUUAUCGCCGGCGGAGAUCUCGACCCAGUCAGCCUCAUCUCAAAAUUCCACUACUCCUUGCACACCUACGACACCCUCCGCCACAUUUCCGCCGCAGCCGCCCUAGCCCCGGAAUUGCCCUCCACUCCUGACAAGAUUCGCGAUCCUUUGUCCCGUUUGACCAUCGUCGGUUGCUGCGACGGCAUAUUCUGCAUCUCCGAUGAGAAUGAGCGGAGCCCCUCCGAAAUCAUUCUGUGGAAUCCGACGACUUUCGAGACCAAGCUCCUGCCGCGUUCCACUUGCCCUCCCGCUCCCAGCGGCACGAUCAAGGGCUGUGAGUCCAUUGGUCUCGGUUUCGAUCCCCUGACCGGGGACUACAAGGUUGUCAGGACGUUGAAAUAUUCGGGGAAUGAGGAAGCUGAUAGUGAUGAUUACUACGACUUCGGCUAUGUCUGCCCUCCUGCCACUACUUUUAAAGAGGUCUAUAGCUUGAAGAACGAUUCAUGGAAGAGAUUGACUGAUAAGUCUUGUUCGGUUGGGUGGACGCCUGGAUAUGUUCAUCAAGACACACCACGUAACGAGAAGUGUUACUGGUAUUACUCCAUAGGAGAUGAAAAUUUCUACCUUAUUACAUUUGAUGUGAGCAAGGAAGUGUUUAGAAAGGUUACUGUUGCUGCUCCCCCUGGCAAAGAUGGAUGUUUCUCCCAGUCAUGUUUUAUGUUGAAGGAGGCACUAGUGACGACUUUCGAUGAUUUUGGUCCGUUGGAGGUAUGGGGGUUGAUGAAAUAUCAAGGUUCUUAUCAUCGUCGUAGCAAUGAUCAGAAAAGAAAGAAGAAGUAUCGACCUUCCAAGUCUUGGACUAAGCUAUUCACCUUUCCACACUAUGAAUGGCACCGCAACUUAGAAGCCUGGAAGGAGGGCAUGUUUAUAUGCUCGCGACGGGUCACUUCUCGUCAUAGUCAUGAUCCUGAAUCGAAAGAUACCGAUGGAGUUUUCGUUUUGGAUCCUGCUACUAGGGAGAUCACCGGAGAUUGCCUCGAAACUCAAGGGAGAACUCAUUCAUUCCAAGCCCACACUUACACUCCAACUCAGGUUUCAUUGUCGGUUCUGUCGUAACACGACUGUCGACCUCCAUGAAUGCUACCAAGCACCUUAUUGUUCAUAUGUUUUUAUGCUUUAGAACUUUAGUUUGAUGUUCGCAGUUUGCCUUUAUCUAGCAUGUUCCAUCUUGAAACAAUAGACCUUAUGAUAGAUUUCUUCUUUUCUUUUGGUGAAUACUGCAUUUCUUCUUCUUCUUCCAAGUUCUGACAUAGAACCUACUGCUCUACUACAUUUUUAUGGGAGUGAAGAGAAAUAGCUGAAGGUAUUGAUCAGUAAAGUUCAUUGAUAAUC